UCCCUAUAUAUACUCCUUAUAGGAGGCUUGUAAAGAUAACUCAUAGAACUCAUAGUUCAUACUCUAUACACGCUGAUCUCUUUCUCCACAUUCUUUGUUCAAAUCUCUUUAGUUAUAGGAUAUGGGUAUCAAUUAUCCAACAAUGGUUCUCUCGUUGAGAGGUUUGAACACAAUCAAGUGAGAAAACCUCCCCAAAAAAACAAAAAUUCACCCAAAUCACAAAGAAAUUAGAAAAAAAAUUAAUCUGGCAAAUCACGAUUUAGAAUGUUCCAGAUCUGAGUCGGAGCCGUCGCCGCCAUCCCGCCGCCGUACACCAUCUGCUGGAGCUCGCCGCACCAGUUGGACUUCGCCGCGCCGUUCUCAGGAAGUGUUAUCACCCCUACAGAGCUCACUUGUCCAUCCCUUUGCGAAAUUUGUUCAAAAGGUUGCCAGCAACUCCGAUCUGAAAUUCAGGAGCACGACUAGGCAAGUUGCCGCUUUAAUCUCCUUCGUUGCUGAGCCAUCGUGUGCCACCAAGACCGGUGUCAUCCCUUCUGCCAACGUAGCUCCACCUGGCCUGUCUCCGGUCGUUUCUCCAUGUUACCAGUCGUUGGUCGCUCCUUCCCGUUGACGUGAAGGAUCUGCCGAUUGAAGAUUUAAUGAAUUUCACCAUGGUGGCUUGGAGUUCGUAAGAUGCAGACUCAAGAUCGGAUCUGGGGCAGGGUUUUUUCUCCUUCGAAAGCUAUGGUGGACAACAUUGUCGUCCUCAGUCGUCGCCUCCCUAGUGUGACUGCAAAGUGUGACUUCCUUCUGGUACUGGUGUGUUGCGCAACAGUGGACGAGUCGGCGGGGAGGUGGUUUGAUAGGCAUACGAUCAGUAUACCCCGUCAAUCUUUCAAACUUGUGGCUUAAAAGUGUACGUACGUGUGUUGCUCCCAGCUCAUAGAUGUCAAGUCUCUCCUUUUUUGCCAAAGAAAGCACAAGAGGGACAAGGCUGUCAUUUGGCAAUGGCAGAAUCAUUAGGGAAUUGGCUCAGACCUACUCAAACCUUAUGGGCCAGACUCUUUCUCAGCAGCAUAUUUCAUCCCAAGCAGUCUAAUUUUCAGCCCACUUCAAAAAGAUAAGUACUCUUUAAUUUGUCAUAUUAUUUAUUUUAAUUUAAAUCAUUUUUUAUCGGGCGAAUGUCACACUAUCACGCACUUAUGAUCAAAUGCCUAGUAGAGUGUGGUUUGAGACCCAUCACUAGGAUUUAAAGCCCUGACCCAGAUCAUGCACAAAGCCCUGACCAAGAUCAGGCACAAAGCCCCGACCAAGUCGGGCACGAAGACCGGUCUUAGUCAUUCCUCGAGUGGCGACCGUUGCUUGCGAAUGGCUCACACAUCCAUUCUACUAAGUAUUUUACCAUUACAUUAACCAUUCACAUCUCCACUUGUUUCAAGUGACGAACUCCUGAUCGGAAACAUAAAUCCCUAAAAAAAAUAUGUAUGAUAAAUGUGUAGGUACAAAGAUGACUUUACUCAUUUUCACCUCGUCUCCACUCGCCUCAAAGAGUGGGGACUGGGGGACUGAGGGGUCAGAGUUUCUAGACGAGGAGAAAAUAUCACGCAUGAGCAGGAACGAAAGAUGAGUUAGAUGAAGACGGGUUGAGCUAGACAAAAGUGAUUAUGCCGCAGGGGGCCUACCUUCCUUGUUUCAUGUUGGGGGCGCUAGGUGUACUCUUUUUUCCUUUAUUUGGAUUUUUUCCCACUGAGUUUUUUCCUAGUAAAGGUUUUUAACGAGGAACCUCCCCAUCACGGACAAGGGUGGUGGUCCCCCGGCCGGAGAGGAAGAAACCAAAGACAGAAGAACUUUGCAUAUACUCCAUCAGGGAGUGGGGGACUCCUGAUGGAGUAUAUGGACUCCGACCCCCCGGUAUGCCGACUAUUGGGCUUGGACAGCGUCCCACACACGUUUAACGGAUUGUUAUUAUUGUACAUUAUUAUUAUUCAGGUGUUCUAGAUUAGCUUUUUAUACUAUGAGUCCAUUUAUGUAACCGGGUCUGGCAGGCCCAUAUUAGAGGCCCAAACCUGGAUUUUCCCUAUAUAUACUCCUUAUAGGAAGCUUGUAAAGAUAACUCAGAGAACUCAUAGUUCAUACUCUAUACACAAUCAUCUCUUUCUCCACAUUCUUUGUUCAAAUCUCUUUAGUUAUAGGAUAUGGUAUCAAUUAUUCAACAAAGGGUUUAAAAUUUUCAAUUAUCAACAAUGAGAGUAAAAGUAAGAAUUUCUCAUAAAAAGUUUUUUUUUUAGUUAGAGGAUUUUGUCCCCUCAAAAAAGGUCCACAAAUGUAUCAUUCCCCUCACACUAAUUUUUAUAGUUAAAAGAUACUCCAUCUGUCCCGAAUUGUAAGACAUUUUAUGGUUUACAAUGUUUGAAAGACGAUAAAGCAAACGGAUCCCUGCCCGCACUCAAAUUAUUUUUUGAAAAAAAGAAUUACAUAUUCAGAAACUACAUUAAAAACUUUACAAAGUCGCAAAAACCAGAAUCAAAUUUCAUAAAACUUUGAUAUAUAAAGUAAGAGAUUAAGAGUGAUUUGUGUUGACCAAGUGAAAAGGAAAAUUAUCUUGCCUAAAACACUCACUGAAACAACUCACAUAGCCGAAGAACUCCUGCGAAAGCCAAAGUACUGUUGGACCUUUGGCCCUUCAGGAUUAAGUCUCAACAUAACUAAAGAGUGAAGUGAGUUGCAUCUACAUUGAUAAAAUGCCUUUUGCAUGCUUCAAUGUUUAUACAAUACAAUCAUUUUAUAACAAUGUGCCUUCAUUUUUCUAAUUGUGUAAGUGCAGAGAAAGAAUUAUAUGAGCUCGUGAAGGGGAAGAGUUUGACUUUUCUAUAGGAAUAAUUGCUUAGAACUUUAACAUGCAUAAAUACUUUGUACUUCAUGAUUCAUGUUAUCAUUAAUAACCAAUUUCUCGUUUAAAUUCAAAAAUGAAAAAAAACAAAUCCAGGGAGCUAUCUCAUUGUCCCAACAAUUAGAUUACUUCAGAGAGUACCUAAAAAAGCUCAGGAGCAUGUUAGGAGACAACGAGACAAACUUCAUAACAGAAAAAAGUCUAGUAUGGGUGUUUGCCGGUAGUAAUGACAUUGCAAUCACCUACUUCACCUUGGGACUUCGUCGAUUACAAUACACCAUUGAUGCCUACACAGACUUUAUGGUUGAGAGUGCUUCAAGUUUCAUCCAAGAAUUGUAUGGGAUGGGAAUUCGAAGGAUUGGGGUAUUAAGUCAGGUACCAAUCGGAUGUGUGCCGGCAAUGAGGACACUCAAUGGAGGCAAUAGUUGGAAUUGUGCAGAGAAACAAAAUGAAUUAGCUAAGCUUGUCAAUGCUAAGUUCUCAGAUGAGAUUGAUUUCCUAUCCAAAACAUUACCCGGUGUGAAGUUAGUUUUCAUAGACCUUUACCAUCCUCUUCUGGACCUCAUCCAAAAUCCUGGAAAAUAUGGUUUUGAGGAAAGUGAGAGGGGAUGUUGUGGAACAGGUAAGUUAGAGGCAUCAUAUCUUUGUAACAAAUUCUCGCCAACAUGCAAAGAACACGACAAGUUUAUAUUUUGGGAUAGUUUCCAUCCAACGGAAGCGUGCAGCAAGAUUCUCAUAGAGCAGAUACUGCCCAAAUACAUUUCACUUUUAAUUUAGUUUAUUAAUUAAUGAGACAAAUAAUUACCACUUAUUCAACAGAAAGUUUACUUAGAAUGCAUCUACAUAAGUUUUCUUAUUGAAAUCUUUAUUACAAUAAUUAUAUCUUGGUUGUAACUUAAUGUUACUUUUUCUAUAAUAUGGCUCAUGUCUCAUCGUAAAAACUUGUCAUUUAUUUCCUAUCUUACAAGUUAAGGUGAAAUUUUAGUACAGUGUAUGUCAAUAACGAUAGUUACUAUUGACCAGUUGGGCUCUAUAUUAAAUUUCAAUAAUGUUGCUUAAUUUUAACUUCAUUCUUGUAUAUAUCUUUUAUUUAUUUUGUGUGAAAUAAUGUUAACUUAAUUUCAAUUAUUUUUCUUAAUUUGAUUUAAGCCUAACAAUGGCACAAACCCUAGGCCAGCUCAAGACAAUGCAAGAAACAAGAAUGACAUAUCGAAUGUGAGGAUGGUUUCCUUUGGAAUUCGAUAGACAAGUUAAACAACAUCUAUGCGCACAUGGUAUCCCGUUUAAAUGAAUCAACCACAAAAGUUCUCCAAUGCUUUUGAGAAAAGACCACGAUAUAGUAAUUUGGAAUAUUAAGGCUACCACUAUUUUCAAAAGCCAGUGUUGUACAUAUGUCGUUUCUUCACUCAGAUCAGCACCCAUUUAUUUUGUGAGAAUGCUAAAACAGCAGGAUAUCUCAAAACAAAAGAAGGCUCAUUGAGUGUUUGGCGGAUGCGGGCUACCAAUAUGGUUAAGCCUGGUAAUUAUUCUCACAUGGUAUCAAGAGCCAUAAUUCUUUUACCCUAAAAACAAACAAAAAAUCGGCCUCAUGUCUUCUGCCGAUUCUUCCCCAGUCGCGGCUAGCAGUAGCGCCGCCGCAGCAACAGCUUCAAGCGGCUCCGCCAGCAGUGUUUCUUCCUUCACUCACCAAUUACUUCCGGCCUUUCUGCAUCAUCUAGUACCUCUCUCUCCUUCGCGCAUAGCGGUCCUGUCAUCGGCUCCCCUCUACGCUUCUCCAGGCCAGCUUCGGGCGCGAGCUUCUCUCUGCCGCCGCCCCCCAACCUGUUUCCAACAUCUGAUGCAGAGCCCUGGGUACCGCCCGUGUUCAAUUGGUCUCCCACCAGGCCUGAGUUUCGUCCGCCGCAAGUUCCUCUAUUUUCCACAACUGGCGGCUCUCCCACGGUGAAUUCUGGAUCCAGUUUUGCCAGCCCUACUUUUGCCAGAGAGCCUGGAGUGACACCUUUGAUGACAUCUGCUUCCGUUGGACAAAUUACGCCACAAUCUACUGCUUCCUUUGGUCUGGUAGCUCCACGGACUGUUGUUUUGUCUCCAGGUUUCAAUUUAUCGGAGUUAGUUAAAAACAUUGGUGUUUCAGAGCUUAAUAUUACUAAUAUUGUUACUACGAAACUAGCUGCUGUUGAGGAUUUUUUGACUUGGCGUACGCAAUUUGAGUCGUUCUUAGUGUCUAAUGGAUUUUUGGGAAUUUUAGACGGUUCCC